CUAGAACACUUAACAAAUUCAAAUGAAAUCAAAUUCAUAAUAAAUAAAUUAAUUAACAAUGCGUGGAGUACGUUCUUAGAGUCCAUAACCUACAUAAUAGUAAAUUGAUAAACUUAAGUUGGCUUAAACAGCAAUCAAAAAACGAACAUCAAAACCUAAUUUCUUCACAACUUACAGAAUCCAUAUAAUAAUCUCAAGUUGUAUAAAUUAUUAUAAUAGUAAUUAUUGGAAUAAUCAUAAUUGCUGUAUUAUCAUUUACAAAAUAAAUAAAAGAGUAUAUUAUAAUAAAUGAAUCAGAAAUCAAUUCACAUAAUUCUUAAGGAUAUCCUUAUACUUUAGGAUCAAAUGAUUUCUUUUAAGUAUAUUAAUUGUAUUAUUAUUAGAAUGUAACAUUAAUGCAAGCAAAAACAUUAUUUAAGAAUGAUUUCACAUAAUAAAUAAAUGUAGAAAAAUGUAAAAUACCAAUAAAUUAUGAAAUUCCUAUAAAUUUUAAUUUUAAGGAAUCUAAUCCAGAAUGUUCACAUAAUAUAUAUAAUCAAGGAAAUUGUUCAUCAUCAUAUUCUAUUGCUGUUUCAUCAGCAUUUUCAGAUAGAAUCUGUAAAAUGAACUAAACUUAAUAAUAAUUAUCAGCUUAAAAUUUAUUAUCUUGUGAUGGUAAAUUGAAUUAAGGAUGCAAUGGAGGACAUAUUACAAGAUCUGCAGAAUAUAUAAUAAAGCAUGGAUUGACUACUAAUGAAUGUCAUCCUUUUAGAGGAGAUGACAAUUUCUAAGAAUGUACUAAAGCAUUAGAUAAAUGUUAGAGAUUCAAAGCUUCUUCAUUUUGUUAAUUAUAAAAUAAAGAUGUAUACACAUUAAAUAUUUUUAGGAUAUAAAACGAGAUAUUAUUAAUAGAGGUCCUGUUGUUGCAAUUAUGUAAGUUUACAAAGAUUUUCUGGUUUAUAAAGAUGGAGUUUAUUAGGUACUUGAAGGAACACCUAGAUUUCAUGGAGGACAUGCUAUUAAAAUUGUUGGAUGGGGUGAAUAAAAUGGUUAUUAAUAUUGGAUUAUAGAAAAUACUUGGGGUACUUCUUGGGGAUCCUAAGGAUUAGCUAAACUUGCUAUUGAUGGAUUUAUAGAUCUAUCAUUACAAGCUUUAUCUAUUAUAUAUUGA